AUGAAUGCAUUCUUUGAUGGAUAUAUUAACUCACGCACUACUCUUCAAGAAUUUGUUAAACAAUAUGACAAUGCACUACAACACAAGACAGAGAAAGAGACCCAAGUUGACUUCACAUCAUUAAACACAACUCUUCCAUGCGGUUCACAAUCACUUAUAGAGCGGCAAUUCCAAAAGCAUUACACACAUGCUAAGUUUACAGAAAUACAGUCAGAAUUUAGAGGUAAAAUUAAUUGUUUCGUUGAUGGCGUUGUGGUACAAGAUAAUUCGUCACUAUACAAGGUCAUGGAGGACUUCAUUCAUAAUGAAAUAAGGGAAGAGAGGGCAUUCAUGGUUACAUUUCAGCGAGACACAAUGGAUGUUAACUGUAGUUGUUUGCUUUUUGAGUUUAGGGGCAUUAUAUGUAGACAUUGUGUUUGUGUUUUGGCCCAAGAGCGAGUGAUACAGGUUCCAGCUAAGUACAUACUCACAAGAUGGUGUAAAAGUGUCCGCAGAAAGCACACGUAUAUUAGAGCAACAUACAACAACAAGGAAAAGGACCCACAUAUUGAACGGUAUGAUGAGUUAAUGAAGACUUUUGGAAAUAUUGCUGAGAUUGCUUGUGACUCAGUACACAUGACACAAUUAUUGGUUGACAACCUUAGUUCUUUUGUAAACAAGCAUGACCUACAAAUUUCAUCUUCACCAUACGUCGACAACAAUAGCCACAUACAAGAAGAACACCUGUAUGAUAUUAACAUAGUCCAUGAUGUAGACACCACUGCAAACACUGCUCAAAUCCAAAGCCCCAAAAGUGUGAAGCGAAAGGGUCAACCUAAGACAAGAAGGUUGAAGUCAACAACUGAGACAAUCAAAAGAAAGAAACCAUCAACAAAAGGCACUAAUCAAACAUCCAAUGCUAUUGGUGUAUCAGGUGUGCAAUCCACUGGGUUCAUGUCACUGCUGACAUCAUUACACAAUGACAUGCAAAACACACAGUUGUCCACAACUAAUAUUGACAAUGUAUUUUGA